ACGGCUUCCACUUGGGAUUCUGAGCUUGCUUGGGAUGGGAUGGGAUGGUAUCGUAUGGUAUCUACCGAGUAUUCCGAAACACGGAUCGAGGCAUCUCUGCGGGAUACGUAAUGGUAUUGAGUGGAGAGGCGAGCGGCCGAGCUCCUAGAACAGCACCGAGAACAUGUAGCUACAGCGCAAUCCUUGUCGUUAGCAAGGGCGCACUCACAACUUCUGCACGACUGUGGAACAGGUCCGCGCUGUGCUUGUUACACCAGAGGGAUCAUGACAGACUCGAAGGCAGGCCAAUGUGGAAAAUACCAGUGCUGCAUGCCGACUUGUCGGCCCAGCUCAAUUGAUCAGAAUCAGUAUCAGUCUGGGACGUGCUUCGAAACAAGAGAAUGGAACCUGUUGGGAUAUGCUUGUGGCAAAUCGUUCCUCCCGGCGAACGAGCCGAGGCGGCCUUUCGCAAGGCGGGCAGUGGUGACUACAGGCGAAGGGCGGGCACCUGGAGGGGGAUGGAUCCUGUGUAGAACUGUGCAGAGGACAUCUCACACUCGGGUCAAAGUACGAGCGGGUAACUACUUCGGGCUUCCUGAAACCUCCGCCAAACAAGUGACGAAUCGUCCACGUGCAAAGUACGAUUCGCCACUGGCGAGAAUGUACGCUUUCACGCACACUCGAUUGAUUCUCCUGUGGCGCUGAUGCAGUGUCAGAUGUCCAACUCACCACUCGCGACCUUCUGCUGCUGCUCAGUCCUCGAUGGUGAACGAAAGGACAACGUUGGUGCUGCUUUCUGGCUGGAUGGACAGAGCCCGAGCUGCUAAUUUAGCAACCUUCGUAAAGGGGAUAAGCGAACGACAAACAAAGAUCGUGAUCGCAUCAGUCGACAGAUGGAGGGGCUUGACAUCUGGUGGAUUCUAUUAACUCGAGUGACGGUGGGUGUUUGCAGCUCAUCAGAGCUCCUUGGGCUGUGCGCGAGUCGGGAGAUUAUCCACAGGCCUCGUGGAAAAUUAGAACUCGUGGAGCUGAAACUUCUCGUCCUGAAAAUGGUGCUGCUUAUCAAACAAACCUUUUCUUGUUAAGAACUUUGCUGCAAGUUCGUUGAUUCUGAAAGGCUGGAUAAAGGUGGUCGCUACAUGACGGAAACAAGGUCUGGUGAUCACCGCCGAGGUUUCGUUUCUUUCCGCCAUGGAGCUCGAUGAGUCCGUAGCCUGCGUGGUGAAGAAAGUGUUCCAUCUCUGGAGACGCCUCACGACAAUGUGGGGGCAAAGGGCGUGAGCAUUUCGUUUGUCCCACGCGGAUCAGAUCAGGCUCGGACCCUGGGAGGGUCCUCGUCCCACGGUUAUCGGGUCUGAGCCUCUGAGCCUCUGAGCCUCUGAGCUUCUGAGGAUUGGGGCCGGCGGUGAAAGGCUUUGGACGUGUCAAACUCCAUUUCCAGGGCCCGUCCAUGCCCGAUCCAUCCAUGGCCGCCCUGGGAGCUGUGAAAGCACAAUCUUUUGACCGGAUCGGACGGAACAGCAAACGAAAGAUGAGAGAGAGCCGAGAGCCAGUCCGCUGGCAAGCCACUGAAGAUCAUCAUAGUACAAAUCUGCCUCUGUACAUACACACAGUACAUACAACAUGUCGCAACAAGGAACAAGGACGAGGCAGAGAAGACACGAGGCCCCACAUGCGAGGGCAGAGCAGAGCAGAGCCGCAAGAACCAAGAACUUUCUCACUGCAGGGGACGGGACGGGACGGGGCGGCAAAGGCAGGCAUGUGCAGGAAGCGAGAGUUCAGAUGGGGAGUAAGGCUGGCAAGAGGUGUAAAAUGUCUGGAGGCCGGAAGAAUGAGGGUGCAUGUAAGCUAGAGGAUGUCCGAAGGACCGAGUUACGGAGGUUGUUACGUCGCCAGAGCAUGAACGAGAGAGGAAAUAUGCCCGUCUCGCAGCUGGCACCUGCGCCUACCGCAUCCACAAUUGGCAACGAUAGAGUCCAAGCGCAAAUGUCGGCCGAUUGGACGGCUGUGCCCACCCCCACCCUCUUCCUCUUCCUCUUCCUCUUUGCGGUCAUGGAUGGCGGCGUCCACUGGCCAAUCCAGGUAACAUGGAGGUUCCUUCCUCUUGUGUCUCUCUUGUCACUUCCGCCGGCUUCGAAGCAUUAUUACCUCCCUGACCUUUGUCUACUCCAAGCACGCAGCGCUACCUUUAGGUUGGUUGUUUCUAUCAUGACACUCCCUAGAGCUGUGGUGUUACUCGAGUGCCAACAAACUGUCGAAAUUCGUCUGCGCCGAAGGGGCGUAAGCCCAACUUCACUUUUCACAAAGCAGUCUGCACUGUGGAGAGUUGUAAGCUUUUUAGAGAUGGGCCUGCGAAUUAUUGGCAGGGUGAUCUUCUUCCUGAUAAACUUGGGGAUGCGAACCUUGUUAUCUGAUUCCGGCACCCAAGGAAAAGGAGAUACAAUGCAUCACAUGGGUGAAACAGAUGGCCCUAUGUAGGCUUUGCACUGAGUCCCUGCUCGCUGUCUGAGCAGCAGCUAACGAGUGGAGAGAGAGAGAGAUAGAGAGACAGACGCUUCCUUGAGCAGACGAUGCCCCUAGGCCCAUGUCCAGCCCUGUCUACAACGGAUGCGGUAUCGCUCGUGCCUCUGAAGAUUUGGAUGUGGACGUAGUUCAACGUCCAAGCUCCCAGUCAGACGAAUCAAAGCAUCGACUGGGUGCAUGUGGAUUCUCAGAUGCAAAGGGGUUUUCUGUCCUGGAUCGUUUUACGACGUCGGCCAUUUGGAAGUUGUGAUGCUCUUGCUGUCGAUUACUCAGCCCCUGCUUUGCGACCACCAUCCCCCCACGGGCUCUGCUGCUGCUGCUACUACUACUACAGCGCACAGGUACUAAUGAAGAUGGCACUCAUCCAUAGAAUGCCUCGAACUCCUCAAACUCUCUCACUACUGUUCUCAGUGAGCUGCAGCGGUUCGUGAAACUAUACUGGCCUCAAGGUUCUAUUAUCCUAUAACGAUGAAUGAAUAUCUUUAUCCUGACUCUUAAGGUCCGGUCCCACCUGCAAUCUGAAAAGAACCGAAAUUUGGGCUCUGGUACUGCGGAUUCAUUAGCUGGAGACACAACGAAAUUCGCCCAAAAUGGUGUCCCGUCCGUGUACCCGCCUGGGAAAAUCUUGGAUCGAUGCCCCCGUGGAUCUCAGUACUUGUGCCUACCAGCAUUACAUCAGUACUGGGAUAUUGGGUUCUGGUACAACAAAUCCCCUGUCUGGACAAACAGCCGCAAAUGCGAUUCUUGUGCGAUGUUACCGUUCUUCGAGAAGUCGUCCUUUCCUCAACUUCAGGGCUCAAAGUAUUCAUGACAUCCAACAAACUGUAUAAUACUUACGAAGGGUGUUCUGUCAUAUGGUUUGUUCUUACGGUGCAUGAAUUUUAUCCCGGCUGUGUUCAUUCUCUCCAAACACUCAGUCCAGGAUUUCAUCAGAUUCCGCUCGUGUAUGGCCUUUAUUUCUGACCCUCGAGCCCUGGCUGACACUUUUGCACAAAGUUACUGUCGACAUCAGAGUCUCCUCUCUCAUCUGCUUGUUUUGGAAUCAUCUGAAAAAUCAGACACCGAGCUGCCAAGCCUCUUUUCCACUCGAACGCAGCGAUGUGCAGACAGACAGAGCUGUGCUGCAGCGACACCUCUUGUGCCUCUGAAUCAGACUGGUCGGCACGCUACGCAAGGAGGGCCCAACUGAAGCGCAG